AUGGCCAUGACUGCUCAAGAAGCCCUCGAUAUGCUCAGAAGGUACCCGGCGGAGGUAGGUAUUUUUCGAAUUUUUGUGGGAUGUACUGGGAUUGCUAUGUUAAAAAAUGGCUAAGAAUAAGCAAAAUUUUCUUGUUCUGGAAGAUUUCCAGAGAUGUACUCAAAGAGAGACGGUCAGAUAUUUGAUAAGAAAAUCGGCACAAAGUUAUGAUUAAUUUCUACUUGUUUUUACCGUAAAAGGUCCAAAAAAAAUUUCCGCCCAAAAUUGGCAAAAUUAUGGCCAAAGAAUAUCGAUAUGUGUCCUAUACCCAAGCCGUAUGAAAAUUUUAAAGGAAAGCUGGGCGUCACAUUUGGGACCCUUAUAACCAGAAUAUCUAUAAAAUAUACCACGUCGCAUUUCAAACGACACUGAUUUCAGAUCCGAAUUCAAAUUCUGAAUCAUUCCAAAGCCAACGAUGUCGUCCGUCUGUUUGCCAACUCCAAGACCGAAGAAGACAGGAAGAUGAUCCUUGUUGCGCAGAAUCUCCGGUUCCGGAAGAUCUGCCUUAUCAACGAACUCGUCGACAGAAUGCCUAAAGAGGACUGGGUAACAGUCUUCAUCAAGUGAGUUUUUGAUUUUUUUUUUUGAUUUUUAAAUUUUAAACUACAGUAAGGUUCCACUGUUUUUUUUAUGAAUCAUUUGAAAUAUUUUCAGCUCCAUAAAAUUCCUCAAAAAGAACUGCAACCGUCACGGAAACUGCAUUCGCUUUGGAAAUGGCGCUGCUGUAGAAAACAUCAGUCGUUUCCUUAACUGGUACAUCCAAACCCGCUAUGGCAGGCCGCGAACCACCACAAUAGAAGUCAACUUGAUUUUGGAUAUACCGGUUUUGGAUAAGCCGGCUCUACGAGGUCUCCAAAAUAAUUCAAUGGCUUAUGCAACGACUUGUCAGAAAGGGCACCACGAACUUCUUGAAGUGUGCACAACAAGCUGUCAGAGUGCGAAAGCCUUAACGAACCACUCCAAAAUGUUCAAGGCGAAUUUUAAGGCAAGUUUACGAGGGAUUUUUUGGGUACUUCGGAGAUUUGGGAGGAAAUUAAGAAUUUUUUAACGUGUAGGAGAUUCUUCAAAAUAUAUUUUUUUGUUUUUCAGAUGUCCGGGGAUCUCGAGAAUUCCGCAUUCUUCUACGAUUCUCAGACUGAAAGCAUCUACUUCACCUCAUUCCAAGAGGAAACUCUAGUCUACAAGAAAAGAUUGACCAAAAAUAGGCCUGAAAGAGUACUGCUACGCACUGCUAUGACUGGAAAAUUUUACAUCGCUGUUGACGGUCAUCAUUUUCAUAUGGUAUGUCAUCAUGGUGUUGAAUUAUGUAUGGUCUAUGGAGACCUCAAAAGCCGAAAAAUAUUGGAGAAAACGAUCAGCUGGGAGCCCGGAAUGGUAAGAAAAAAACUUAUUUUUUUUAUUUUUUUAAAGGAGAUUGAAAUACAAAAAAUAUCAUAUCUUUUACAUUUUUUGUAAUUUUUUAAUCAAAAUUUCCCUCAAAAAUCUCAAAAAUAUAUUAUUUCAAUAAAAUUUUUUUUCAGCUUCAAAACAUCCACGCAUUCGGCACACAUUUGGUUUUGGAAGGGAGAGACAGCGUUUUGAUCAUGCAAUGCUGUUUGAAGGGGAAGACAAUAGAGAAAAUUGAAGUUGGAACACGGCCAUCUUUACUUCUCAACCCCCAUACAUUCGUUUACCAGGCAAUAGAGGGAACCAGCAUGACCAUGAGAGUGAGUUAAAUUUCUUUGCUUUUCAUUGUACAAAAUAUUGAAAUUUUUUUAACUUUUAAUUUUGAUUUCAUUUUAGAUUCUCUCCAAGUCCCCACGAGGGAUUACAAUUACGACCAUACCGAUUGAAGCCCUCCGAAUCAAUCGCCAUUCAAACCAAAUCCUGGGGGUUUUGACGCAUAAUGCGCAAAGAAUGUAUCUAAUCGAGGACGGAAGGGAACCGGCUCUCCUGUAUAGUACAAGACUUGAGAGGGAGCCUGUUGAAUAUUAUGAAUAG